CACAAUAAUACUAUUCCUUCCCAUUCAAAAUCUGGUCAAAUUAAACAAAAAGAUAGUGUGUUUCACUUCACAUCACUAAAAUAUUCGAGCGUACGUGCAUCUAGUUGCCGGGCCCACCCCUACAUUCAACCAAAAACAAUUGACCUCAAAAACUAAAAAACAAAAACCCCAUUAUUUUCUUCCAAAUUCCACAUUUUCAAUUCGUUAAUUAUUUUACGAAGAACAUGAAAUCCCAACCACCACUGUAACAAUUAUUCCCCAAUUCCAAUACAAGAUCAAUCAGAAGCUCACUGAUCAUGUCAGAAGACGAAUCCGAUCACCUCCUCCUUCGCGCCGCAGUUGUCGUCUUCCUCCUCCUCAUCACAGGAGAGCUCGUGAUUGGCCAAUCAUCGCUAGAGACAGACAGAGACAUCCUCCUCCAGCUGCAGGCAUUUCUCAAGAGAGAAAACCCCAUCGCCGAGAAUCGAGGCAAAUACAUUAAAUGGAACCCCGACGACGCAUCUCCGUGCGCGUGGGAAGGAAUCACCUGCGACAACUCCACAAACCGCGUGAAUUCAAUCGACCUCUCCGACUGCAACGUCGCCGGAGAUCUCUUCGAUAACUUCUCCGCCCUCACGGAGCUUUCUCACCUAGACCUUUCAUCGAAUACCAUCGGCGGAGUGAUAACGGCCGACCUCGGCCGCUGCCGGAGCCUCAAAUUCCUCAACUUAUCGCACAACAUCAUCUACGGGGAAGUCAAUCUCACCGGUUUAGAAAAUCUGGAGGUUCUCGAUCUCUCACUCAACAGAAUUCAAGCGUUUAUCCGUCUCACCAUACCGGAAAACUGCUCCAAUUUAGCAGUAGCGAACAUCUCCAACAACAAUUUCACCGGAGAAGUAGGAAACAUCUUCGAAAAGUGUAUCAAUCUGAAGUUUCUCGAUCUCAGCUCGAAUCGGUUGGAGGGAGACAUAUGGCCUGGAUUCGAUCGGAUGGAGGAAGUCUCGUUAUCGGAGAAUCAUUUUUCCGGCGCCGUUUCUGCUGCGAUUUUCUCCGAAAACUGCAGCUUGACAUCGUUGGAUAUAUCUGAGAAUCACUUCUUUGGAGAAUUUCCAUCUCAAAUCUCCAAUUGUAAAAAUUUGGAGAUAUUGACGCUUGGGGGAAACAAUUUCAAGGGGCUAAUCCCUAAAGAAAUCGGAUCAUUGCCUAAAAUCCAAGCGUUAUAUUUGGGGAAUAACAAGUUUUCAAGAGAGAUUCCAGAAAGCUUAGUAGGUUUAGCCAAUCUGAAAUUCCUUGAUUUGAGCAGCAACAGCUUCGGAGGCGACAUUCAACAGAUUUUCGGCCGAUUGAAGCAGGUGAAAUAUCUUCUCCUCCAUAAGAAUUCAUAUGUAGGAGGAUUUCACACAUCUGGUGUGCUCGAGCUUCCAAACAUCGUUAGAUUGGAUUUAAGCUACAAUAAUUUCUCCGGCGAAUUACCGGUGGAGAUUUCUCAGAUGGCGAGCUUGAAAUACCUAAUUCUCGCCUACAACAGCUUCACCGGCGGGAUACCUUCCCAAUAUGGAAGCCUCUCCGGCCUUCAAGCACUCGAUCUUUCCUAUAAUAGCCUCAACGGAUCCAUACCUUCCACUUUCGGCAACCUCAAAUCACUCCUGUGGCUGAUGCUCGCUAACAAUUCUCUCUCCGGCGAGAUUCCGCCGCAGCUGGGAAACUGCAGCAGUUUAUUGUGGCUGAAUCUCGCAAAUAACCAGUUUUCAGGGGCUUUGCCAACUGAAUUAACCGCCAUCGGAAACGACGUCGCGCCAACCUUCAUGCUCAACCGUCUCGAGAGCGAUGAUGUGCCGGCUGGCUCCGGCGAGUGCACGGCGAUGAAGAGGUGGGUUCCGGCGGAUUACCCGCCUUUCAGCUUCGUCUACGUCCUUCUCACGAGGAAGAAGUGUAGGGAUUUGUGGGACAGGAUACUGAAAGGGUACGGCCUGUUUUCGGUCUGCUCCCCGGGAUCGAACAUUCGGACGAUGCAGAUUUCCGGCUACAUCCAGCUCAGUGGGAACCAGUUAUCCGGCGAAAUCCCCGAAGAAAUUGGGAACAUGUUGAAUUUCAGUAUGUUGCACUUUGGCCUAAACCAGUUCAGCGGCGAGCUGCCACCUGGGCUGGAGAGGAUACCGUUGAUGGUGCUGAACGUCACGCGAAACAACUUCUCCGGCAAGAUACCACCGGAGAUAGGCAACCUCAAGUGCUUGCAGAAUCUUGAUUUGUCACACAACAACUUCUCCGGCCAGUUUCCGAGCAGCUUGAACAAUUUAAGUGAUCUCACCAAGUUCAACAUUUCUUACAAUCGAUAUAUAUCCGGCUCUGUUCCGGCCGUUGGACAGCUGGCGACAUUAGAUAAGUGGUCAUUCGUCGCGGACCCUCUCCUCCGGCUGCCUCCGUUCAUGACCAAUGAGUCGACUGGGGCGCCUCCGGGGAGGAACAGGGGAGGAAGGAAGAAUGAGCCUAGGGGAAUAGGUGUGUUUUUAGUGGUGUUGGCUUUGGUUCUUGCUGCUUCAGUUUGUGGGAUAAUGACACUCAUAGUGUGUCUCCUUAUUAAGAGCCCUAUUGACUCGAGAGGGUAUCUCUUGAAUGAGUCUAAGGGAGUCGAGUUCGGGUCAGGCUCGAGCUCGUCUUCGCCAUGGGGGUCGAACACGAUCAAGGUCAUUCGCUUGGACAAAACGGCCUUCACGCAUUCGGAUAUAUUGAGGGCUACUAGAAGCUUCUCGGAUGAGCGAAUCAUCGGCAGGGGAGGGUCGGGCACGGUGUACAGAGGUGUGCUGCCCGAUGGUAGGGAGGUGGCGGUGAAGAAGCUGCAGUCGGAAGGUGUGGAGGGGGAGAGGGAGUUCAGAACUGAGAUGGAGUUGUUGAGUGGUAAUGGACUAGGUUGGCCUCAUCCGAACCUAGUCACCCUCUACGGUUGGUGCCUCAACAGUUCGGAAAAGCUGCUCGUGUACGAGUACAUGGAAGGGGGCACCCUAGAGGAUCGCAUCACCGACCGGAUCGGCCUCAACUGGCGGAGGCGUCUGGAUGUCGCGGUGGACGUGGCACGGGCGCUGGUGUUCCUGCACCACGAGUGCUACCCGAGCAUCGUGCAUAGGGAUGUCAAGGCGAGCAAUGUGCUGCUUGAUAAGGAUGGAAAGGCCCGGGUGACUGACUUUGGGCUGGCCCGGGUGGUGGACGUGGGUGACAGCCAUGUCAGCACCAUGGUGGCAGGGACCGUGGGGUAUGUCGCGCCCGAGUACGGGCAGACGUGGCAGGCAACGACGAAAGGCGAUGUGUAUAGCUUUGGUGUGCUGGUGAUGGAGCUGGCCACGGGGAGGCGGGCGGUGGAUGGUGGCGAGGAGUGUCUGGUCGAGUGGGCAAAGCGGGUCAUGGGGGACGGCCAGAGACCUCUGCCCGUGGCUCUGCUCGUGUCGGGUCUGGCUGAUGGAGCUGACAAGAUGGGUGAGUUGCUCCGGGUCGGGCUAUGGUGCACGGCUGAGACGCCGCAAGCUAGGCCUAACAUGAAGGAGGUGUUGGCAAUGUUGUUUAGAAUUUCUUGCACACAAAAGGAUUUUGAACAUGUUUCUGAUUUUCUUUGAUUUUGUUCAAAUAGGAUUGAUGUAUAGGCUUUUCUCUGGUAUUAUUCUUUCUUGUAAUUAACACACAUUGUUAGAAAGGGGAAAUUUCACCAUUUUUGCAUCA